AAGAAGUUACUAUGGAGGAAACUGGGCCAGUUUUAGCUUUUCAGGGCUAUUGUCCUGGCUAAAGGAAUAUAAGGAAAACAGUGACAUUGUGACUGAAAGUUCAACAUGGCAAGAGCAGAUCCUUGAAAAUGAAGAAGCCAUUGCUCUUAGCAAGAAGGACAAAACCAUUCAACAUGUGGAAAUAUUUUCUUAUGCCAGUCAGGAUUCUCAUGAAGAUGUUGAAGAAGCUGGUGCACUGCAGAGAAAUCACACUUCUGUGAUAUCUGCAAACCCCACAGAAGCUGCAAAUUCUGCCGGCCUGCCACCAGAGGAUGAGUCAUUGCUUACUGAAUGCUUUGAAAUGCCCGCAGAACAAACUCCAAGCAGUCAGAGUGCUCAAGUAGUAAAUGAUGCUGAAGUGACAGGGGAGAAAGAAAACCAUAGUGAGGAUAAAACUUCAGAAGAGGAAACAAAUGACUAUGUACCCAUAGCAACAGACACCAUAGAGCAACCAAAGAAAAAUAGAAUUACUUAUUCACAGAUUAUUAAAGAAGGCAAGAGAUUUAAUAUUGAUUUGGUAUCAAAACUGCUGUAUUCUCGGGGAUUACUAAUUGAUCUUCUAAUCAAAUCUAAUGUUAGUCGAUAUGCAGAGUUUAAAAAUAUUACCAGGAUUCUUGCAUUUCGAGAAGGAAGAGUGGAACAGGUUCCUUGUUCCAGAGCAGAUGUCUUUAAUAGUAAACAGCUUACGAUGGUAGAAAAGCGAAUGCUAAUGAAAUUUCUUACAUUUUGUAUGGAAUUUGAAGAACAUCCUGAUGAAUACAAAGCGUAUGAGGACGUUACAUUUUCUGAAUAUUUAAAAACUCAAAAAUUAACCCCCAACCUCCAAUAUUUUGUCCUCCAUUCAAUUGCAAUGACAUCAGAGUCAACCAGCAGUACCAUAGAUGGUCUCCAAGCUACCAAAAACUUUCUUCACUGUCUCGGGCGGUAUGGUAACACUCCAUUUUUGUUUCCUUUGUAUGGCCAAGGAGAACUUCCCCAGUGUUUCUGCAGGUAAGUUUGGCAUUGGUUUUCUGGUGUCUUCUAAAAGAGAUACUUGAAUAGCAUAUGAAAACUAGAAGAAAAUGAGAUU